GGUAAGAAGGGUGCGUGGUGGUGGAGCGGGGAGGGCGCGGUGCAGAUGCACUCGCGGCUGCGGCGCGCGCUGGCGUGCUGCGAGCUCGGCCUGGUGCAGGUGUACGUGCCGGCUCAGAGCGUGUCGGCGCGCGGCACCCGCCCCAUGCGCGCUAUGGCAGGCCUCGCCAGCCUCCGGGACGCUGUUGAAUCACACGCCGCCGAGAAACCAGUUUUAGUACUCAGUCUGGGUCACUUGACAAUGCAUUCCAACACGAUGGUCAAACACCUUUGGAACGAUAUCAGACACGACGGUCCUACAUACAUUGCAGCAAAGCCAGAACUUAUCA